AUGCUUCAUAAUGAUUUAUUUCGUCUAAACGACCCACAUCCGAAAAUCCUAGGGGACGAAUCCCCUCAUACAUUUCCUUCACGAAGGGAUGAUUUGUCUGGGGGUGCGGUGCCCGUCAAUGUCAACGCCUCGUCAGUCUAUUGUGUGCCCAGCGUCUUUGGGGAGAUGUUGGGCACCACGGAGCCGAAAGAAACCGACCACCCGUCUGCCAUCCUCCAAGGAAGGGUAAUAGGUGAAGACGGUAAGGCCUGCCCCCCUCCUCAUGCCGCCUUCGUAGAGGAACCUCAGGAAAGUUCAAUCCCCAAUAUCCUAGCGCAGGUUCUGCCGAUCACUAUUGAUAAGCCCAGCCUAGAGACUUGCGCAAAACAGGGUAAUAGCGACACCUUUUCAUUUUCCAUUGGCGGGAAUUGCACCUGCAAGACUGUUGACACCCAGGCGGUUGAGCUUCUGCUGGACAUUGGCCGCUAUGUCGGUGAGGUCGAUCCAAAGACCCAGCGACCUCAGGGAAAGGGAAUUCUGAACUUCAACGAAGGCGGUACACACAAUGGGGAAUGGCAGAAUGGCAUGGCCAAUGGCUAUGGUCAACGAUCUUACGUGAACGGGGAUGUGUACCGCGGUCAAUGGGUGAAUGGUAUUCGCAAUGGUCCAGGCGAGUGCAUCUACGCGGAGGGUCAUCGCUUCAAAGGGAAUUAUGUGAACGAUGAACCUAACGGCCAUGGCGUAUUUGUCGCCAUGAAUAAUGAUCGAUAUUCAGGGAUGUGGUGCAAAGGCCAAAAAGAUGGUAAAGGUCAAGAGAUUCUGCACGAUGGCCAAAAGUUUGUUGGACGAUGGAAGAACGACAAAAAGCAGGGUCGUGGUCGGCUUUAUCUCCCGGGUGUCACAUUUCCCAUUUAUGGUGUCUGGAACCAAGAUGAAUUUUUUCGUGAGCUUACCUCCGCAGAAGUGAUAGAUAAAUUUGAGGCAGAUUCCUCAUACGACUUCGGGGGCCUAGAAAUGAACAAUAAUUCUUCUUUUAACAAAAAUACCGCUUCUGACUCUGACUUUCGUCAAGGUGAAAGACACGGAGGAGUAGCAGAACCUGAAGGUUCUUCCGAGUUGGGGAAAUUCGGAUUUAAAGUAGCCGAACGGAUUAUGGGAGGACUAAGUUUUAUCGAAGAUCGUCUUGAGGCUCUUGGUAGAGCCUUCGAAAACGUAGCUGAGCCUUCACUACACAACACAGAAGCAAGCCGAACUUGUUUCUCAGUAUGUAAACAUUUUGACGAAACGACUACUCGGGAAGACUGUGAAUCAAGUGUAUUUUUCAUGGAAUCUACUGAUAAUGUUAGUACUCUGAGAACUGAAAGGAGUGGUGUGGCUCAAUCAUCUGAUUCUUUUGAGCCUACCGAAGUAGUGAAUAUUGAGGAUUAUACCCGUGAUGCCAAUGAGGAAGAAUCGGAUUCCACAAACGAUGCCCUAUACACAAUGAGUUUGCAAGACAAGGUACCUCUGAGUACAGUGUUAAACUAG